AUUUCUAAAUGAGUGUGACGUCAGAUCUUGCAAAUACAGAAUCUUCUUGUCUGGUAAGGUUGACUGAUUACAUCCAUAUUUUGGCAAAGUAACGAAUAAAACGUGUGAUAAUAAAUCUCAAUUGCUCGUGAAUUUUAUAUAUAAUAUUGUCUUUAUCAUUUGAUUUAUUUAAAUUCUUAAAAGAAAGAAUAAUAAAAUAAUAUUCAAUGAAAUCAGUUACUUCACUCGCGGAAACAAAUUUUCAAGGAAUCGGACGUGAUAUGGCUGAGCGGCUUGGUUUAGGUUCUGAAAUACGGGAACUCAAAUUAGGACCAAGCUUUACAAACAAUAGAUCGACGGCAUUUCAUACUUUAAAAUAUGAUUUUAAACCAGCAAGUGUUGAUGUUUCCAAAGUAGCAAGAGUUGAUGUUGGAGCAAACAAUAUGAUGACAGUUACUGUUCCACAUUUAGAUGGUGCUGGAAUUCCUCAUACUGUAUUUAAAGGUUCUCAGAGGCCUUACCAUAAGGAAUGCGUUCUGAUAAUUGAUAGGGUUACUGGAGAAAUUACAUUGGAGAAAUUAACAGCAAAUAUCCAAGUAAAAAAAACCAGAACAGAACCAAAGUCUCAACCACAUUUAGGAAUUUCUGGAAGUAAUAAUAAUAAUAGUAGCAAUAGACCUAUAACUCCAGUAGAAACUAAAAAAAGUCCUACACAUGGAAGAACAACAACAAGAUCAAAAGUUAUUAGUGGUAAAAAAAGAGAACCUAGUAUUCAAUUACAUCCAAAACAAUAUAGCCCUCAUAGAGUUUCUCCAUACCAUGGCAAAAGCCCACCUUCUACUUCAACUAAUAGUUCACCAGUGCAACCAUCAGUGACGCAUUCAGUGUUGGCCAGUUUGCCAAUGAUUGGUUCUGAUAAUGAUGACUGUCCUUUAACAUCAACUGGAUCAUUUCCAGUUACAAAUUCUAUACCUUCGAGAUCAUCAUGUACAAAUAAUACUACUAUUAUGAAGCCUUCUGUAACUAUAGAUAGCGAUGAAGGUGCUCUUAGUGAUUCUACUUCAAGUAGUUCUACAGAGAGUUCAGAUAGUGAUUCAGAUACUGAAAAUAUUCCAGUUUUAACAGGAACCAAUGGACAUUUAAAUAGUACUGCUUCAUCUCCCACAUGCUUAAUGCCAGAUAAUCUUCUAAAUGAUGAUUUACAAUUAUCAGAAUCAGAAUCUGAUAGUACCUAAUGUGAUUUUCAGGAUUAAUAAAAGAUCUUUUAAAGAUCUUUUCUCUCCAAAAAAUUUAUUUUUUCAACAUUUUAUUUUCUGUUAUAUUGAAGGAUUUAAACGAAAUAAAACAAUUCAAAUUUACUUCACAUUAUACACAGAAAAAUGUGUAUAGUAAACUUCAUAGCAUCUUCCAUAUAUUCUGUGUUGGAGUAAGUUAUAAUAUACAAAUCUUUUGCUUUUUAUGCAAAAAAAAUAUAUAAAUUAUGUAAUGAAUAGUAAUAUACUGUAUUAUUUAUAAGGUAUUAAGGGAUUGUACAAUUAUUACUGAUUAAUAUUUAGUAUAAUUAUAUAUCUUCUUAUUUUCUUAUAUGUUAUAAAAA